AAACCAAGCAAGCCAAACAAUCCAAACCACCAACAACAAAUCCAAACCAAACAAACAAUCAAACCAACCAACCAAACAAACAAAAAAACUUCCCUCGGAUCUGAAAGUGGCAGGAAAAGUGCCCGGCAAGUUGCAGGAAUGGAGCUACACAGCUUGCAAGAGGCGUUAAAAGUGGAAAUCCAAUGUCACCAGAACGGGGAUCUUAAGAAACAAAUCCAUGAAAGGCAAUCAAGAAUAGCAGCUCUUAAUGAGAAACAAAAGCUGGCGGUGCGGAGCCGCCCCGCGGCCCUGCUGGUGGGCAGUGGCGCCAGCGGCAGCGCCAAGCCCGGCGGUGGCGGCGGUGGAGGUGGCGGCGGUGGAGGUGGCGGCGUCCCGGCGCUCCUCAAGGCACCCGGCGGCGGCGGUGGGAGCCCCGGCGGCAGCCCCGCGCAGAACCUGGCCAUCUCCGUCGUGCCGGCCAAGGCGCCCAUCGCGAUGGUGACAGCGCACCUCAACGGCGGACUGGGCGGCGUGGAACCCCCCCAGAGCGCCCCCAUCAACCUGCAGACCCCGGCCAGGCAGGCGGCCGCUCGCCGCCCGCCCGAGCUCGGUUCCCGGACACAGACUUUGGGAACUAUCACUGCAGUGCCCAUUAAGGUUCCUCAGGUCAGCUCCUUGCAGAGGUUGGCAGGACAAGGACCAGCAGUGCUACCUCAGGUUAGGCCAAAGACCCUGAUUCCAGACAGCCUCCCUAUUUCCCCAUGCAGAGACCAACCAUCCAAGCAGCCUCCUACCUUCCAAAAGGCUACUGUCGUCAGCAUCAAAAACCCCAGCCCUGCCCUCCCCACUGCCAACAACACCGUCAGCCAUGUACAGAUGCCUAACAGCCAGUCGCAAAGCAUCACCGAGCCUACCCCUCUCUCGUCACCACUGAGCAGUGCCGGUGUGGCGUACGCCAUCAUCUCCACCUCCCCUAACAAUGCAACUCCUAUCAGCACUAGCGCUACCGUCUCUGUGGUCAACGACAGCAUCAAAGUGCAACCACUCCUCAUCAGUGCCGACAGCAAGGUUAUCAUUAUUCAGCCUCAAGUCCAAACCCAGACAGAAAGUAAAGUGGAGACAAAGAAACUUCCUGAAGAGUCAGCUCAGGGAUCCCCUGCUACCAAAAAGAAAAAGGAGGAAAAUCCAGAGAAAAUUGCCUUCAUGGUCGCAUUAGGACUGGUUACAACAGAACAUUUGGAAGAAAUCCAGAGCAAGCGUCAGGAAAGGAAGAGAAGAAGCACAGCGAAUCCAGCCUACAGUGGACUCUUGGAAACCGAGCGGAAACGCCUUGCAUCAAAUUAUUUGAAUAAUCCCUUGUUUCUUUCAACAAGAGCAAAUGAGGAUCCAUUCUGGAAGAAUGAGAUCCACCAUGAUGAACACUGCACUGCUUGCAAGCGUGGCAUUAACUUGCAGCCCUGUGGCACAUGUCCCAGGGCAUAUCACCUCAACUGCUUGGACCCACCCCUCAAAACUGCCCCCAAGGGGGUUUGGGUCUGUCCAAAGUGCCAACAGAAGGUGUUAAAGAAAGAUGACAAUGUGCCAUGGACUGGAACUCUGGCUAUUGUUCACUCCUAUGUUACUCAUAAAACAGUCAAAGAAGAAGAGAAACGGAAGUUAUUAAAGAGAAGCAGUGAGCUGAAGAGUGAGCACAGACAGUUAGAAGAAAAAGAUCGACUUCUCAACAAUGCAGUAAAGAAAUGCUUAGAGCUAAAAAACAGCCUGUUGGCCCAGCAGAAAGGGACUCAGUCAUCACUGGAACGUCUCAAAACCCUCAUUAGACUGAUCCAAAAUGAGCAGAUGAUUCAGGUUACCAUGACGACAACCACCACCUCCUCCCUGCUCACCGUCCCCUGGAUCAAACCCUCCUCUGCCUCUGCUGCCAUGCACAAAGCCUUGCAGCAGUCGCAGGGCAACAACUGACAGAGCCAGCUGCGCCAGAGCCGAGGAAGGGGGAACAGAAACUUUACACCCAUGCGCGAAGGAGAGAUUAAACUGAGACAAAAGAGAGAAGGAACAAUCUCGUGUUUUGUACAUGUAGGAACUCGCAAGGAACAAGGAAGGUCCAGUUUGUAGGUCACUGUGGCGGCUGCUUCGCAGGGAGCGGGACGCACUGCGGUUUUGUGUUUGCUGAGACCUUCAGUGCUGAUGAGAUUUUUUUGUUAUGUUGGCCUUAAUGUAUUUAUGACUGAGGAUGAACAGGAAGAGUACGGCUGAUAGAAGGCGGAAUAUCCCUUUUGUGGGAAGACAGGCAGUUUUGCAGUUCUGCCUUAAGGGGAAAAUUUAAAACGCAAAGAGUUAGUGAGCUAGUGGGGACGUAGUUGGGCUGAAAGCUGUGGGAGGGAAAUCGGUGAUAUCAAAAGAAACCGAGCUACUUAGGACUUGACAUGGAUUCUUAUCAAAGGAACAAAGUUGGCUCCAUGGACUCGGGCAAGCCGGAGCUGGGGCUGUUUUGACCAGAACGGACACUCACAGAGCCUUCAAAACAAAAGAUCAUUUUUUUUAGUAUUAUUAGAGUUGAGAAUUGCAGAUAUUUAAAUAAAGAAACUGUAUGAAGUUAGCAUUUCUAGUAAAAUAUUGAAGUAUUUUCAUGCUGAUGCUUCUGUAUAUGCGUUCCGAAGUAUUUAAAAAAGUAUGACUGUAAAACUCCUUACUUUUUUGCAGGUCCUUUUUACUUAUUUUGCUAUUGGUGUAUUUUUCUCAUGGAGUUUUUGUGCAAGAUUCAGCAUAAACCAGUGGAUAUCCUUGGCAGGUUGGCUUUCAUUUUUUAAAGAGGUUAUUUUAGGGGUUUUCUUUUUUUUUUUUU